AUGGAUACCUCUGGCGGCCAGAGCGCGCAGGAGCUUCGGGAUGGGCAUAUCCAGCUUUUUGUAGAGUUCUUUAACACGUACACAGGAGAUCCAGACAAGGAGCCGGAUGUUUCAACGGCCAUUUAUCUAAGGCGGAUGCGACAAAUGAUUGACAACGACUCCAACACCCUUUACAUUAACUUCAGCCACUUGUACGAUAAUAUUCGCACGCAGGCAUACUGCGAGACUGUUCGCAAGCAAUUCUAUGUCUUUGAGCCUUUGAUUGUAGAGGCGAUCAGGAUAGUACUCAACACCACCCUAGCUCCUUACAGAGGCGCUGCAUUCCAGGUCCUGACAUCCGGGCAACAGCAGGUGCUUCGACCACUUUACAUCAGCUGCUAUGGAAUGAAUAAUGUUCUGCUGCUUUCUGAGUUGACGUCCUCGCACAUUGGCCAAUUGGUGGAGCUGGUCGGAACCGUGACCAGGACAUCUGAUGUACAGCCAGAACUUAUUUUGGGAACCUUCAGGUGCGCUAGUUGUGGAGAGGUAAUACCGAAUGUGGCCCAGGACUACAAGUUCACCGAGCCGGCCUCAUGUCCUCGGUGCUCCGCUCGGAGCAGUGUUGGCGGCACCACCUUUGAGCUGCUGACUGACCAGUGCACCUUUGCUGACACACAACGAGUUCGCCUGCAAGAAAGCAUUGCAGAUACAACAACCAGCGAAGAGGGGGGAGACCCCACCCGCAUAACACCCGCGUCAUAUGAUGUCAUCCUUCGAGAGACCUUUGCAGGGGUCCUCAAGCCUGGUGAUCGCGUGAAUUUGACGGGGUGCCUCAUAGUUCAACCGAAUAUCUCAGCAAUGUCCAUGCCAUAUGAAAUACGAUCAUCGUCUCUUAAAAGCGUCAUAGCAGGAUAUUCCAUUGAGAGUGGGAAUAUGACUUCAGCAGCGGUCCAAGACAACAUCCAGAGAGGAAGAUAUGAGGAGGGGGUUACUGGCAUAACAGGUGUAGGCCUCCGGGAAAUUACCUAUAGAAACGUCAUAAUUGGAAGUCACAUAUAUUGCAAGAUGAGCAAAGAUAUCUUUGGACCAGUUCCAGAGGGAGGCAAUCAACCAGAAGCAAUAGAUGGAGCCAGUGAUAACGAUCCCAUGGAUUACAACGCUCACAAACCGUCGUUCCUGAUCGCAUUUGAAGAGCAGCUGACCAAGCACUCUGAUGAGGUAGCGAACGAAGACGUGGAGCAAACGCUUGCAGCCAUGCUCGAUUCCUUAUCAGAUGAGUAUCGUGAGGCUGUAUCCAAUAUGCGCAACGACCCCAAUAUCGUUUCUAACUUGGUUGCAUCGUUCGCCCCACAUAUCUAUGGACACGAGACAGUCAAGCUAGGUAUUCUCCUUCAGCUUCUAGGCGGUAUCAAGAAAAUAACCAGAUCAGAGCAUCUCUCAAUUAGGUCCGACAUCAAUAUUCUUCUCAUUGGCGACCCCAGCACUGCUAAAUCUCAGCUUCUUCAGUAUACCGCAGACUUUCAUCAAAAGGCAGUUUACACAAGUGGGAAAUCCAGCACUGCUGCAGGCCUCACUGCUGCAGUUGUGACUGAUCCGGAUACAGGAGAAUAUACUGUGGAAGCAGGGGCUCUAAUCCGUGCAGACGGCGGCCUGUGCCUCAUAGAUGAGUUUGAAAAGAUAAGCGUAACCGAUCAAACAGCCCUGCAUGAGUGUUUAGAGCAGCAGAGCGUGUCGAUCAAUAAGGCAGGUAUCUCAAUUACUCUGAAAGCAAAGACCCCAGUGCUCGCCGCCAUGAAUCCGAUAGGCUCAAGGUACCAACGCAACAAGUCCCUUAAGAACAACAUAAACAUCUCCCAGCCUAUCCUUAGCCGCUUCGACCUGGCAUUUGUAUUGCUAGAUGAGCCCAACAAGGAGGUCGAUAACUUUGUUGCAUCCAGAAUAAUAACCAUGCAGGUCCUCCGGAACACGGCAUAUCAAUAUGCAAAAGAAAUCAACCCGGAGAAUAAUUUAUCUCAGCCGAUUAAUAUUGAUCACCUUACCCAGGAGGAGAGGUACGCCAUGGAGUACUGCCAGAACGUAGGGAGCUUGCUGAACCUUGGGGGAGAGCCCCAGGUGCCGUACCCCUUCAAAAUCAUCCAACUGUACCUUUCGUUAGGCCGUACUAUUCGCCCCAUACUGCAAAAGGACGCCAUCGACGAGAUUUCUCACCAAUGGGUUGAGCUUCGUAGAAGAGACGUGGGCUCAACCUCUAGGAGCUUUCGCAUCACUGUACGUCAACUGGAGUCUCUUGUGCGACUCUCAGAGGCAUUUGCAAGGCUCUGCUUGGCAACGGCCAUCACCAAGGAGCACGUAAAGAAGGCAGCUGAGCUGGUUUCUACGACCUGCGUUAACGUAGCAGAUCAGAUUAUCAAGUUCGAAGUAGAAGUGCUGACUGAUGGAAGGGUACAGUUGGACAAUCUAUUGAAUAGGCCAAAAGCUGGCUCACGGGGUCAGAUUGAUCAGGAUGGGUCGGAUGAUCUCAUUGAUGAAGACAACGGACGAGGCAGAGAGAGGCGCUCAGAGCGAACUGUAGACCAAUCCCAAUCCUCUGCGAAUGUACUAACGAUAGAUUUAUCAUAUACUAUAUUAGUGGCCAUGUGCCAAAGCAUGCGGUAUAUAAUGGCUGCUGAAGGCCAUUCGCGCCUUACAUAUGAUACCAGUAUCAAUCUGCUGGUUCUCAACCUGCCACUAGAUGCUACGAUGACAGAAAUAGAACGUCGAGCCAUUGCAAAGGUGGUCUUCGAUAAAAUGGUCAUGGAGUAUCGCUGGCUACUCGAGGACGCGCCAGGUGAGUAUGUAUUUACCCAUCUUGCCCCAACAUUCGGCAUACAGUAG